AUGAAGACCUCACUUGCCGCUCUUGCCCUCGCUCUCUCUGGCUCUGCUAUGGGUGCUCCGUUCUCUAACGGCACUCGCAUUGCAUCCAACUCUUCUUCUGUGUCGACUCCUAUUCAUCGAUCGACCGACACACCUCCUAACUUCCUCGCUGCCUUCACCACUGGAUCACCAUCGUCUUCUGCUACUCCUUCUGGAUCCGCACCUUUGAAGUCGACCCCUAUCACUAGCGGCAGUGUUGUGAAGCGCGGAGAGGCCAUCUCCAUCCCGACAGACCUCCCGUCCCUGGCUUCUGAUGCUCAGUCAGUGGCUGCAGCCCUCGCCUCCGCUGGAGUCCAGAAGCGUGGCGAGGCUCUGUCAAUUCCCACGGAUAUUCCCUCUCUGUUGGCUGAUGUCCAAUCCAUCGGCAGUGCUAUUGCCUCUGCGGGUGCCCAGAAAACUGGCGGAUCGCUUUCGAUCCCCACUGACAUCCCCUCGCUGGUUUCUGAUGCUCAGUCAGCUGGGGCUGCACUGGCCUCCGCUGGAGUCCAGAAGCGUGGCGAGUCUCUGUCGGUUCCAACGGACCUUCCAUCUCUGCUGGCUGAUGUCCAAUCCAUCGGCAGUGCUAUUGCCUCUGCGGGUGCCCAGAAAACUGGCGGAUCGCUUGCGAUCCCCACUGACCUCCCCUCGCUGGUUUCUGAUGUUCAGUCAGCUGUGGCUGCACUGGCCUCCGCUGGAGUCCAGAAGCGUGGCGAGUCUCUGUCGGUUCCAACGGACCUUCCAUCUCUGCUAGCUGAUGUACAAUCCAUUGGCAGUGCUAUCGCCUCUGCAGGUGUCCAGAAGCGCGCCGCCGAGACCCUUCCUCUCUUGACCCCCACUGGGACUCCCACUCCUACCGCUCCCCUUGGUUUUGCUUCCUCGUCUGUGGCUGCUUCCUCUACUGGUGUUGCUUCUCCUACCGGAUCUGCUUCUUCGUCCGGAGUUGCUUCGUCGUCCGGAGUUGCUUCGUCGUCUAGCGUGCUCUGA